AUGGCUGAAGCUUUCGUAACUUUAACUGGUGAAAUUCAAGCAAAAUCUCCUGCUAUUUCAUUUAUAAAUUCAAAUAAAGGAAAACCUCUACUAGUUGUCGAUGAUUAUACUUUUAAAUUGAAUAAAGCAACAACAACUACUAAAUAUUGGAUAUGCAUUAUUAAUGGUUGCGCAGCUAAAGUGCAUACUGAUUCAAAUAAUCGAUUGAUGAAAACUGUUGGCAAUCAUAGUCAUCUUCCAGAAAAAGAAAAACUUGAGGUUCGUGAAGUUCGUGAAAAAAUAAAACAACGAGCUAAAAAUGAAACAACACCUAUUCCACGUAUAUACGAUGAAGAAUGUGCAAAAGCUAUGUUAUCAAAUACUGCAAUAGCUAUCUUACCAAGUGAACGUGAAAUGAACAGUGGAAUUAAUAAAGCACGUCGUGCUAUUACACCUAUAAUUCCAAUGACUCAAUUAUUUGAUAUUCCUGAGUCUUAUUCGAAAACUUUGAACAAGAACGAGUUUUUAAUUACUGACAAGAAGAUAACAAGACGCCAACGAAUACUUUUAUUUUCAACAAGUGAACAACUUAAAAUGCUUUUCGCUGCUGAAACAAUAUUCAUGGAUGGCACGUUUUCAACAUGUCCAAGCAUGUUUGAUCAAGUUUAUACAAUUCAUGCGAUAAAAUAUGAUCAAUCCUUUCCUUGUGUUUUUGGCUUAUUACCAAAUCGACAGAAAAGUACAUAUCACUUCAUGUUUCGUGAGUUGAAAGCACUAGCUGUACAAAUGGAUAUUAAUUUUUCACCAAAAUUAAUCAUGAGUGAUUUUGAACCAAGUCUAUUAGCUGUAGUUGCACUCGAAUUUAUUACAGCAACACAUUUAUCUUGUUAUUUUCAUUUCACUCAAGCUAUUUAUCGAGCAAUACAACGAGUUGGCUUAUCAACAACAUAUAAUAAUGAUGAUGAUAUUAAAAAAUUUUGUCGAAAAUUAAUGGCGCUUCCUUUAAUACCAGAAGCGAUUAUCGAAGAUACUUAUGAUGAAUUAAUCGCUACAAUGCCAUCAACAUUAAAGGGCACAUUAAAGGAUUUAUUACAAUAUUUUCAGAAACAAUGGCUUAGCAAAGUUCCUAUUUCUCAAUGGUGUGUACAUGGUCUCAACAUCAGAACCAAUAAUAAUGCUGAAGGUGAUCUUUUUCUUGUAUUUAACUCAGAAAUUUAUCUUUUUAUGCUUCAUUUAGCAUUUCAUAGUCGCUUCAAUCGUCGAGUACAAAUUAACCAUCCAAAUAUAUGGUCAUUUAUUAAGCUUCUUCAAGGAGAAGAAAACCGUUUUCAUCAUAUGUAUGUUCAAUUCAUGGCCGGCUUAGGAACACGAUCAAAACAAGCUAAAACUAUUGCUAUUCAACGUCGUAUAGAUAAACUUGGAGAAAGAUAUUAUGAUGGAGCAAUAAAUGCUAUGGAAUAUUUAGAUGGUUUAUCAUUUGUAGUUGCUAAACGGAAAAAAUAA